AAUAGAGUACCAGAAUGGGACAAAGUUUGAGAAGAAAGCAUGACGUCACUCAGGCUUUCUCUCCACCCAAAGAGAUCUUGGAUGAAGGUGCAAACUUGAGUCAUGCAAGCAAGAGGUUAGCAACUUAUUUCAAUCCAAUUCCUAAGGAAAUAGUGGGAGUUUGCCCCACAUAAAGAAAAGAGGUAUUUUUCAAACGGAAGUAACAAAACUGAGUUUGGAUCUUUGACAAACUGAAAACAGUUGAAUGUAAAAGACAACUAUAGAAAGCAGAAGUUGAAAAAUAAGAUCUCUCUCUUUUUUGGCAUAACUUGCAGCAGAAUUAUACGCUUUUCUGUGGAACUGUAUGUUUUUGGGACUAAUAGAUUUCAUCUUAUAAUUUUUCUGCCGUCACAGUAAUAUAUCUAUGAAAAACGAAAGGGAUUUAUGUGUGAAGGAGGAAAAUAUUCCUGAAGGAUAUGGAAGCAAAUUUUGUUGUCACUGAAGGAAUGGACAUCUUGAACCAGUGUGGAAAAAGCCCCUUUUAAAAGAAAAAGUGGUAAAGGAGAAUUGGUGUUUGUAACUGAAAUCUCCCAAGAGUUUGAUCUCAGUUGCAUGUUUAACCUCAAAAUGACCAUGAACAAUUUGUUAUCUCUGUUCUCUUAUUGUUUCUUGCUGAUUCUAUUUCAUUCUAAAUAUCAGGUAUAUGGAAACAAUUCAAGGCUAUCCAAACAUCCAGGGUUUGAAGUUUUACAGACAGCAUCCCACUACUGGCCCCUGGAAGAUAUGGAUGGAAUCCAUGAAUUUCGGGAUACAAAUGGAGCUCUAAGAAUCCACAACUUCACUGUGCUUCCUUCCCAUAAUUCUACCUUUGUAUAUACCAAUGACUCUGCCUACUCUAACUUCUCUGCAACCGUAGAUAUUGUAGAAGGAAUGGUCAAUAAAGGAAUUUACUACACUGGAGAAAAAGGAGUUACCUUUCUAUUCUUUGGAACCUACCAAAAUUCUUGCAUUAAUAAUCCAGACAUUUGUGGACCUGAAGGAGUCACAUUUUCCUUUUUCUGGAAGACUCGGGAGCCGCAGUCUAACUUUCCCCCAGCCUAUGGAGGACAAGUCAUUUCCAGUGGUUUUAAAAUCUGCUCAAGUGAAGAUGAAGGCUCUGUGGAAUUUUAUGCCCGUGGGAAUUCAAUGAAGUGGGAAGCAAGUUUUAGUCCUCCUGGUCCUUACUGGACUCAUAUUCUCUUCACAUGGAGAUUAAAAGAAGGCUUGAAAGUCUAUGUCAAUGGAACUCUAAACACCACCGACCCAAAUGGGAAAGUUUCCUACAGCUAUGGGGACCCCAACGCAAAUCUGGUGACGGGGACAGAGAAUGACCAGAGCAAACGCUAUGUGAACGGGGCUUUUGAUGAGUUUAUCAUAUGGGAAAGGGCCCUUACCCCCAAGGAAAUUGAAUACUACUUUACAGCAGCUAUUGGCAAGCAACUUUUGCUUUCUUCAACACCUCUGUGGCCUAUUUUGACAACCACUACAAAUCCCAUGCUCUCCACAGAUGCCUAUUAUACUAUCAUAACUAAACUGAUCAAAGAAAGAAGAAACUUUCACUACCCAUGGGAUCUGCUCCCCUAUCUAAAAAAUAUAUCAUUCAGUUUACUCAACAAAUCCUUGUUGGAGAAUACUGCCUUCAACCUGAUAGAGGCUUUCUUGAAAGCUAUUGAAGAUUUUGUUUUGUUGCCCAUCUUGUCUGACAAAUACCCAGAGACUGUUCCUGUGAUUGGAGGUUUAAUCGAAACAAUUGACAGUGUGAUGGUGCAUGUGGCCAAAAAUCUGGAAGGAAAGCCAGCCGUUGUAACCAUUGAGGGUACAUCAUCUGUAGCAGAUUAUUCUUUAGUCAAAAUACCUCCUCUCUGUCUGAAUUUGUCUCACUACCGCUUCCCAUCACAAGGACAGAGUUAUAUUUCUAUCCCCAGUGAAGCUUUUCAUAAGAAAGCUUGGGUGACCAUUGUGGGCCUUAUUUAUCAUAACAUGCACCAUUUAUUCCGUAAAAUCAACCCUAUGGACACCAAGAUCCCUGAGGCUGCUGUUUAUAAUGACAAGAUGAUCGCAGCAAUAAGCUAUGUUAUCUCACUGAAAGUGGAGCCACCACCAACUUUAUCUCAAAAUCUCUCAGUAUCCCCCCUUAUUACCAUUCGCCUCACUCAUACAUUGACUCCUGAACAGUACAGCCAGGCAGUGAACAAAAGCAACAAAGUUAUCCUGUAUUGUGCAUUUCUGGACUAUAGCAAUGGAAGUGCCAUGUGGUCUACUGAAGGCUGUGUACGUGAUGAUGGGGAUCUCAACUAUUCAGUUUGCCUGUGUAAUCACCUCACCAACUUUGCUAUUCUGAUGCAAGUGGUACCUCUGAAGCUGACAAUUCAACACCAGAUGGCGCUGUCAUCCAUCAGUCACAUCGGAUGCUCACUGUCCAUCUUCUGCUUGACUAUCACUCUGGUCACGUUUGCUAUACUGUCAUCUGUCAGCACCAUGCGUAAUCAGCGUUACCACAUCCACGCCAACCUGUCCUUUGCCAUCCUGGUGGCUCAGAUCCUGCUUCUCAUCAGCUUUCAUUUCAGCCCUGGCACGGUGCCUUGCAAAAUCCUGGCAAUUCUCCUGCAUUUCUUCUUCCUAAGUGCUUUUGCUUGGAUGCUUGUGGAAGGAUUUCAUCUCUACAGCAUGGUGAUCAAAGUGUUUGGGUCAGAAGAGAGCAAGCAUUUAUACUACUAUGGGAUUGGAUGGGGGUGCCCACUGGCGAUCUGCAUCAUCUCUGUAACUUCAGCCAUGGAUUAUUAUGGAAAAAGUGAAAAUUGCUGGCUUUCGCUGAAGAAUGGUGCAAUCUGGGCUUUUGUGGCUCCUGCAUUGUUUGUAAUUGUGGUUAAUAUUGUCAUUCUCGUUGCUGUGACCAGAGUCAUCUCAAGAAUCAGUGCAGACAAUUAUAAGGUGCAUGGAGAUGCCAAUGCAUUCAAGUUGACAGCUAAGGCAGUUGCUGUGUUGUUACCUAUCUUGGGAAGUUCAUGGAUCUUUGGAGUUUUAGCUGUUAAUGAUCAUGCACUAGUAUUUCAGUACAUGUUUGCAAUAUUCAAUUCUAUGCAAGGAUUUUUCAUCUUCCUGUUUCACUGUCUUCUGAAUUCAGAGGUUAGAGCCGCCUUUAAACACAAAACAAAGGUGUGGUCCCUCACAAGCAGUUCAAGUCGCAACAUCAAUGUGAAACCCUUCAAUUCUGAUAUUAUGACUGGGAAUAGGCCAGGUGCCACUCCUACAAAGCUAAACACCUGGGACAAGAGUACCAAUUCAGCCAAUCAGAUUGAUUUAUCAGCAUUUUGACACUAGAACCAACUUCUCUCUGAAAAUCAAGCCAUACUCUUCAGGACCUCUAAUACGGCACCCAGUGGUAUUGUCUCUCUGUUAAUGCCAGUAGGAACUGCUCCUCUAAUCACUGCAUAAUAAUUUGGAAACUGUCACAUUGCUUUGCCAAGUACAUACAAGUCUGCCCUUAUCUGCCUCCUUUCCAGUGUGUAACACUAUCUACCACUUUGCUAUUAGAAAUAGCUGCUAAAUAACUAACACUACUGUACACUGGAUGGUUUUGUCAGUAAAAAUGACAACACUUGUAAUGGGAAGGCUAAUGCUAUCUAAAUCUAAAGGUAAUGUAUUACAGGAAAAAUGCACUUCAAUGCGCUGCAGAUGAAAUGCUUCUUGUUUUGAAAUGCUUCCAGUUCUUGUUUAAUUGUGCACUCUGUUUACAUUUAAUGCCUUAAAUAAUUCAAUUAUCCCGAUGAAGCGUAUAACACCACAUACUUCCAAUAGGCAUUUGAUUGGAACACUGUAAGAAAGCCAGGUCUUAAGGAACUAUGAAAAAAUUCCAGCCAUUCAGCCCAUGCUAUUGACUUGGGACCAGUGAAGCAGAUAUACAUUAUUCUAUACAUACAUAAACAAUGUGAGUCUAUACAUAUCACAAACAUACAUUCACACACACAAAGAGACUGCUAACUUUAAAUAUUCCUUUUUCCAUGUCUGUAAUAUAUAUAUAUAUAUAUAUGCCUCUGACUGCUCUGCUCCAGUCCACAAUAUCAGUUUCAUUUAAAUGGUGAUUUGUGUAUGCUGACAAAAUGUAACAGAAGCUAGUUGUCUCAGUGUUUCAGAUAGAAGUAACAAUGGACCAUCACACACAUUUCACAAAUGGAGUUGACCAAUAGUUUCUGGAAAUCAACCCCCACACUGUGACUUACCUUCUCCUUUUAGUGGCCAGAAAAAGACACUGAAUUCUAACAACAUACUGUGAAGGUAGCAAGACUGAAGAUGGAUCUGUGUAUUGGUAUCUACAGACAUAUUUUAAGCAGAUCUUCAGACAGUCUUUUGUGUUUUAAAUUCUACUCAGCAUUCAGCAGUUUUUGCUUCUAAUACAAAUAUAGGAAGCAUCUUAAUGGGGGAAGGAGGGCAGUGUUCCCUCUAAAAUUUUCCAACCAUGAGCAGAAUUUGUUUUGGCUUGUGCACUAAUAUUGAAGUCAUGAGCAGUGGUUUGGAUGUGUGCCACCAUGGCACCCAAUUUAUUAAUACACACAUUCCCGGCCACCAGAGCAAACAUGCCCCCCCACCCCCGACCUGCUA